AUGGCAGCUGCAGGAGCUGGACCUCACGGCCUGCAGCAAGCUAACCGACACCAGCAUCACCCAGGUCUGGCUGCUGCGGCCCCGGAGCCCAGCUGGGCGCGAGCGAAACCCUCCUGGUUGCAUGAGGGAGCCAGGGGAGACGGCCGUGCCGCCACGCCCAGAGGCCACUGGGCUCCCCCUCCUUCCUACACAGCCACGCAGCCCGCCCUGCGCUGCCGCCACGCCCAGAGGCCACUGGGCUCCCCCUCCUUCCUACACAGCCACGCAGCCCGCCCUGCGCUGCCGCCACGCCCAGAGGCCACUGGGCUCCCCCUCCUUCCUACACAGCCACGCAGCCCGCCCUGCGCUGCCGCCACGCCCAGAGGCCACUGGGCUCCCCCUCCUUCCUACACAGCCACGCAGCCCGCCCUGCGCUGCCGCCACGCCCAGAGGCCACUGGGCUCCCCCUCCUUCCUACACAGCCACGCAGCCCGCCCUGCGCUGCCGCCACGCCCAGAGGCCACUGGGCUCCCCCUCCUUCCUACACAGCCACGCAGCCCGCCCUGCGCUGCCGCCACGCCCAGAGGCCACUGGGCUCCCCCUCCUUCCUACACAGCCACGCAGCCCGCCCUGCGCUGCCGCCACGCCCAGAGGCCACUGGGCUCCCCCUCCUUCCUACACAGCCACGCAGCCCGCCCUGCGCUGCCGCCACGCCCAGAGGCCACUGGGCUCCCCCUCCUUCCUACACAGCCACGCAGCCCGCCCUGCGCUGCCGCCACGCCCAGAGGCCACUGGGCUCCCCCUCCUUCCUACACAGCCACGCAGCCCGCCCUGCGCUGCCGCCACGCCCAGAGGCCACUGGGCUCCCCCUCCUUCCUACACAGCCACGCAGCCCGCCCUGCGCUGCCGCCACGCCCAGAGGCCACUGGGCUCCCCCUCCUUCCUACACAGCCACGCAGCCCGCCCUGCGCUGCCGCCACGCCCAGAGGCCACUGGGCUCCCCCUCCUUCCUACACAGCCACGCAGCCCGCCCUGCGCUGCCGCCACGCCCAGAGGCCACUGGGCUCCCCCUCCUUCCUACACAGCCACGCAGCCCGCCCUGCGCUGCCGCCACGCCCAGAGGCCACUGGGCUCCCCCUCCUUCCUACACAGCCACGCAGCCCGCCCUGCGCUGCCGCCACGCCCAGAGGCCACUGGGCUCCCCCUCCUUCCUACACAGCCACGCAGCCCGCCCUGCGCUGCCGCCACGCCCAGAGGCCACUGGGCUCCCCCUCCUUCCUACACAGCCACGCAGCCCGCCCUGCGCUGCCGCCACGCCCAGAGGCCACUGGGCUCCCCCUCCUUCCUACACAGCCACGCAGCCCGCCCUGCGCUGCCGCCACGCCCAGAGGCCACUGGGCUCCCCCUCCUUCCUACACAGCCACGCAGCCCGCCCUGCGCUGCCGCCACGCCCAGAGGCCACUGGGCUCCCCCUCCUUCCUACACAGCCACGCAGCCCGCCCUGCGCUGCCGCCACGCCCAGAGGCCACUGGGCUCCCCCUCCUUCCUACACAGCCACGCAGCCCGCCCUGCGCUGCCGCCACGCCCAGAGGCCACUGGGCUCCCCCUCCUUCCUACACAGCCACGCAGCCCGCCCUGCGCUGCCGCCACGCCCAGAGGCCACUGGGCUCCCCCUCCUUCCUACACAGCCACGCAGCCCGCCCUGCGCUGCCGCCACGCCCAGAGGCCACUGGGCGCCAAUAAAAGCCUCUAACCAGCCCCCAUGU